AUGGUUGCAAUAAAGUUUUCAGAGAACAAUAGCUAUUUCUCUCACCACUGUGAAUUCUUGGCCAGAGGCAACUUGUGGCAGGAGCGUUUUAUGCUGGCUAACAGUUUGAGAGUACAAUUCAUCAAGGCACAGAAGGCUCAACGCCAAGAAGAGUUCAAAGCUUGGUUACAGAAGCUGGAGGCUGCUUGCUCACAUUCAGAGUUUUUCUGUUUUCUGAUUGUUUCUUCUUAUACUAUAGAAAUUGAGGAUGACCAUGUACAGCUUAUUAGCAAAGUGAUAGAUGUAUUACAGAGGUGCAAAUUAAAACUUCCUGGGCGCGGACGAAGAGCUGCAUGUUAUCUACUAACCCGCGGCCAAGAGAUGGUCACCCAGAUCAAAGCUCACGUGGCCUCACUGGAAGGCAUUGCUCCCGAAGAUCAAGUCUUAUUUCUGGCAGUCUCGCCCCUGGAGGAUGAGGCCACCCUAGGCCAGUGUGGUGUAGAGGCCCUGACCACUCUGGAAGUAGCAUGCCGCAUGCUGGGGGGUAAAGUUCAUGGUUCCCUGGCUCGUGCUGGAAAAGUGAGAGGUCAGACUCCCAAGGUGGCCAAACAGAAAAAGAACACAGGCCGAGCCAAGAGGCAAAUGCAGUACAACCGGCGCUUUGUCAAUGCUGUGCCCACCUUUGGCAAGAAGAAGGGCCCCAGUGCUAAUUCCUAA